CGUCACACUUUUGUUUUGACCCUCUAUACACAAAGUUUCAUUUCUCUUCUCAUCUUUCCAUUCAAUCCACUUGGUCUACUCAGCAACCAUGCCGCCCAAGGACACGGAGCUCUAUGACAUCCUCGAGGUCACCUACGAGGCGACAGACAUUCAGCUGAAAAAGUCGUACCGCAAGCUCGCAAUCAAAUGGCACCCGGACAAGAACAACUCGCCCGAGGCCGAGGCCAAGUUCAAGGAGAUUGGAGAGGCCUAUCAGAUUCUCUCCGACCCCGACAAGCGCGCCUUCUAUGACAAGGUCGGCCGCGCGGGCAUGAACCAGCCCGAGAAUGCCAUGGAGGACCCGCAAGAGAUCUUUGGCAAGAUCUUUGGUGGAGAGGCUUUCUACGACUACAUUGGCGAAAUCGCGCUCGUCAAGGACUUUACGAGCACCAUGGAUGUGGUCAUGACCCCCGAGGAGCGUGCAGAGAUGGAGGCGGCCAAGGCCGAGGCCUCUGGUGCUUCGACGAACCCGGUCCCUGCCGCACCAGCUGGCAUCGACUCCAAGGCUGGCGUCGAGGCCAAGGCUGCCGCCGAGGCCAAGGCUGCUGCUGAGGCUGCCCCUGUUAACCGCGCCAGCACCUCGGCUGAUGGACCUCCUGGUUACGACUCGACUGGCUCCGGUGGCUCCACCCCCGCCCAGGCUGGCAGCAGCAGCGACCUCGCGGCCAAGAAGGGAGAGGACAAGAAGGGCAAGGCGAAGCUCACUCCCGAGCAGAAGGCCAAGCUCGACGCUCUUGAGGAGGAGAAGGACAAAGAGCGCAAGGCGAGGAUUGACGAGCUCACCAAGAAGCUCAUCGGGCGCAUCCGUCCGUUUGUCGACGCCAAGCACCCUGGUGACAUCAACGACCCUGAGACCAAGGCCUUUGAGGCUAGGAUAAGGACUGAGGCCGAGGACCUCAAGCUCGAGUCGUUUGGUGUCGAGCUCCUGCACACCAUCUCGGGCGUGUACAUCACCCGCGCUGGCAACUUUAUCAAGAGCAAAAAGUUCUUUGGUGGCGGCUUCUUUGGCAGACUCAAGGAGAAGGGUGGCAUGGUCAAGGAGGGCUGGGGUCUGCUCGGAUCUGCCAUGGGCGUCCAGGCUGCCAUGGCCGAGAUGGAGAGGCUAGAGCAGAAGGGCACGGCGACUCCUGAUGAGCUCGCAGCUCUUGCCGAGGACCUGUCGGCCAAGAUGCUCCUGACGACAUGGCGCGCGACCCGCUGGGAGGUUAUCAACAUUCUUGGCCCUGUCGUGGACAAUGUGCUCUACGAGCCCGGCCUUUCCAAGGACGUCGCUGUCCGCCGCGCCAAGGCCAUCAUGACCAUUGGCGGCAUCUUCAAGGAGGUGCAGGCUGACGAGACGGACGAGGAGCGCCGUGAGCUCGAGCGCCUGGUCCAGAAUGCGGCCGGCAAGAAGAAGAAGGCUGAGAAGAAGCCGGCCGGACGCCGCGCCUCACCACCAGCGGGCGAGGCCGUCCCGCCAGAGGUUGCCGAGAAGCUCAAGGCGUGAGCGGGCGUGGCGCGGGUUGCGGGUGAGGCAUGCGAUAGCGACGCAUAAUAGAUGCCUUGUGUUCUACAGUUCAGUUCAUCUCGCAGAGAUUGGAGAUGCCAUGUUCUUUUUCUGAUGC